UUUGGGGAGGGGAUACCGGCCUCUGUAGAGUUAUUUCAAACCCAAAUAUUAAUAUCAAAGUGAUGUUAGAGUACAAGAAGCUGAGCUUUAAUGGGUUGUUGCCCAUGUUCCUGCCCCUGGAUAAAGACCCAGUGCUACUGCGUCUCCGGUUCACAGUCUUGGCGGUUGCCACAGUGAUGUGCCCGCUCUUUGGCUUCCUCUUCUGCAUUGUUUGGUCAAUUCUGUUUAACUUCGAGGAGACAACAGCGACACACUGCCAGGUCCCCAACUACCUCCCGUCAAUCAGUGCUGCUAUUGGAGGGGAGACUCCUCAGCGCUAUGUCUGGCGUUUCUGUAUUGGCUUGCACUCGGCACCACGGCUGUUGGUUGGACUGGCAUAUUGGAACCACUACCGCCGUGUCCCUUCACCUGGCCACUGGUAUGGCCCCCUCUGCUUCAUCAACUUCACCUUCAACAUGCUGGAGAACCUGGCGUUGCUGCUCCUGACCUAUGUUUCGUCAACAGAGAAUCACUGGGUUCAUGAGAAAGCUUUUGUCACCUUCAUGGGAUCAUCAAUACUUCACAUGAUCCUCACCUGUGUCAUCUGGCAGCAGACCAAGAAAAGCACAGUAAGUCCGGAGGAGAGGACCUCUCUGAGCUGGAAGCGGAGGCUGUUUGUCUUCAAUUUGAGCUCGUUUGUCAUCGCUUUGUGUUUCUACUUCAGACACAACGCGUACUGUGAAACUGGAGUUUACACAGCCUUUUCGUUCAUGGAGUAUUUGGUGGUUUUGUCAAACAUGAGCUUUCACAUGACUGCAUACUGGGACUUUGGAAACAAGGAGCUGCUGAUUGGAAGCCUCCCUGAGGAGAAGCGAUUCUGAGUGAGGUGCCUGCAGCCCUAUGUCCACAGGGAAGUGGACAAUUGGACUCCUGUCUGAGACACAAAGCAGGGGUUGUCUUAGCAGGUCGAAGGUUACCUAUUAAAUGGGGAGGAGCGAGUGUGGGGGAGGGGGCAGUAGCUGUCACAGUGCCCCUGCUGUCAGUCCCAGAGGAUAAAGGAGUGUUUGAGAGAGAGGAGGGCAAGGCUAACUGCGUGAAAGCAGCCUUUGUCCUGCCGAUGUGACACUGCUAAUGUUUCCUGCACAUUUUAAACAGUCAUGAUGUGACAUUGGUUGGGGCUCAGGGUUUCAAUUGUUUCCACUCAAAGUUUGGGAAUUUGCUCUUUGUAUAUAAAAAAAAGGUCUAUUUCUUUGGUUUCUAUCUUGCGCUCCCUCCCCAUCUCUCUCCUUGCCACCCAUCUGCCUCCCAUCCUCCUCCUCCCUCCGACUCAAUGCCAGUCCCUGUCUCUGUUACUCACUGCUCCCUCCCUAUCCUCCUGCGCUUGUGUCCUACCUCCCUCUCUGUUGCAGCCUUCCCAUCCUCUGUCUCCUGCAUCCCACUCCUUCUCAUUCUGUCUCUCUCUUAUCACAGUCAGGCCUUCUGAGCAAAUUCCCCUCAUUCAGACCAGUUUGGGUUGGGGGGAUCGCAUUGUGGGGUGAAUGUUUGAUUUUUAAUGAGUUACCUUCUGUGCUACAUGAAAUUUUAAGUAUGUAUUGGGCCUAAAUGGGUUAAAUUAGGUGAGCAGAUUGCAGAGACAUAGGACAGUUGAAUCAAGAUCUAAUCAGGAAGAGAAACAAAUUCCUUUAACAGUCCAACCGUUGGGUGACUUUUAUUUUUAAAAUACUUGAGAGAAUCUUGUUGAUGUGUUCUUGAGCUUAUGAACGCUGAAUCCUGUAACUGUAUGGAGUCCAUCUCCUUAACAAAUGAAUGACUGAAGUGAGAUUUCAUACCAAAAGUGAAAAGUAAUUAAAAUGUAUUUGCGCUGUGUA